CUAAUCUCAUGCACCACUUUCUCCUCUCAGAAACGGAAAGUACAGCAAGCAGAGAGAUGGCAGCUCCAUAAACUUGUCAAAGGGCUCAGUUAAUCCGUAUGCUAAAAAAACAGAGAGAAAGUUAUGAGAUGUAGGCAUCAAUAAGAAAAACAAAGAUACCUAUCUGAUCCCUUUCAUCCUCAAAUGACUAUGGAAAUUAGCAAGAAAUAUUUCUGCACCUAUGAUUUGCUAAGAAAACUUUCCUGUCUGACAGCCCAGGAGCCACCCUGGCAGUCACACUCCUACCACCAGAGUUACACUGCUGGGUCCGAAUUCUCUUCGCAGAAGGCUUGACCCCCUCCACUCUCACACAGACAAGAUUUCCUUGCCGGCUCAACCCACGUUUCCCACGGCAGAGUCACAGACCCCUGGUCCCUUUAAGUAAUUUUUUCACGGUGCAACAACAGAGUAACAGCCAGUAAAGCUGGUGCCUCAGAGGAGGGAUCCUCAAGGAUGCCCCGGGCUGUUACACCCUCCCAGUCUUAUGCCUGCCAGAGUCGGGGGCCUUCUAGCUGAGUCCCGGGUUCCCGCUGUGUCCCUGUCCCCCGGCAGGGCCAGAGAUCCUCGUGCCCUUUAUUGUGCAAAGCGUCGGCACUACUUCCCGGCCUCUUGCCCCGGGCUCCCGCCACCCAGAGUUCAACCUGCAGCUCCCAGAGCGGCUGCACAACCUGCACUGAAGGGAUUCCUCAACAGGGUUUAUGGAGUCAGGCGUUCCAGUAUCUUAAGAAAACCACGUGAGGCUGAAACUCCUUUUAGGAUUACUCAGGAAGCAUGAGAAAACGAAAACACUUUUCCACAUUUGUCAGCUGUUUUCUAGCCAGAAAACAUCUUCCAACAACCCUUGUCUCAUGCAAAUAAAUCCAAAAAUUUAAACAAAAUUUGGCAUCUGGCUUUCAGAUACACAUCUUCAUCUUCGGGUGGGGGAAGUACAGAGGGAAGGGCAAACACACAAAGCAUCAUCCUAUUUGUAACAUUACCUACAGAAUCCUUACAUGCAACAUGUCUGUUUGGAAGAAUUCCCCAUGGGAUAGUUCUGCUGAAAUAUCAGUGUAGAGCCGAGGAUCGCGCCAGCUCUUGACCUACCUGCACUUUCUUACUUUUCAAACAUACGUAAGAAUUUCUAACAGUUCAAUGAGCAUUUUAUUCAGUUUCUGAUUUAGGAUGUGAAAUCUCUCAAAGACCUAUGAAAAACUACUUACACAUGAGAUCCUAAAGAAGAAAACGAUUGGUGUAAUUACACUCUUUCAUCUAAACAAAAUUUUAAAAUAACAAGUUUCUGCUUCCUUUUAAAGUAAUUCUACUUCAUGUGAAUAGAUUUAUCUUUUUAGUAAACAUUUAGUAAACAUUAAUUUUAAAAACUGUAUGAACUUUGGAAUGGCCCCUAAUAUAGGCAAAUUGAUUAAGGACAGCUGUUUGAAGGAGGAAGGAUGUAGAGUUUUUAGCAUUUAUUGUACGUAUUAAUUUAGGGGCACUUACAUUGUUUUUCAAGACAACCGUGUUUUUGAGAAAAUUUAAUUCAAACCCAAUUAAAAUAGACUACCUGCAACUACCCCUUCAGUCUACAUACUGUUGAGGAAUAUAAUCAUUAAUUUUUAAUGUUUCUUUUGUCUGUUGCUGCAUGAAAAGACCCAAACAGGAGAAAAAAAAUACUGCAACUGACACAAAGGAAAGCUGGAAAAUGUUAUUCUGACUAAAUGAUUCUUCACUAGGGUAUUACCAUACGUUGAAGGAAAAAGACAGAAAAAAUCCAAAACAGAGCACAGUGCCUGUCAAGCUGUUAACUCAUACCAGUUUAUCUGCAAGCGUAACAGAAAUAUUUAGAAAUUAAAUAAAACCUUAUUCUAACAGGUCCAUUUUCCAGGUCUUAAGCACGAACUGGAAAUGGAGAAAAGUGGCUGGAUGGCUUGAAGCGACCAGAACUCCCUGAGUCCCAGUCCCCCCCGUCCGUCGUCCCCCCCCCCCCCGCUUUCCUCUGGCUCGACUAGGAAAGUCCCUGGGGGUGGGCUGAGGUUUUUUAAGACGCUAACAAACACCGUCACUUCUUUACACAAGUUAUUUGAAGCGAGAGUUUGAAAUCCCCCGGUGUCUUCGUAAAUCGGGAGCCCCUUUCCGACGCUUCCCUGCAGCACAAAUGACAUGCUACUGACGCUUUAAUGCCACCAGGCUUCCCCACUCGCCAGCAGGACCCUCUUCUUCGGGGAAGAGAUGGCCGUGUGAGAGCCACAGCGGAAACACCGGGCAGGACCCAAGCCAAAAGUCAUUCCCUCUCCCGCUUGAACAAGGAAGAAAAAAAAAAAGCAACCAAAAAAAAACCCGGGGAGAGGGAGAAACGGGCCUUUGCGAUUUCAGCGGUCAUAUCCCCCGUAUCCACCCAAAAAUGGGGGAGCGGAGCGGGAGGCAGCCCACGGCGGGGCCCGGGGAGCCGCGGGAAGCGCGGCCGGAGCAGUGACGUCACCGGGUCUCCCGGUCCCGCCCCCUCCCCGGGUCGGGGGAGGGGUCACCGAGGGGGUUUCCUCGCGGCCCGGUGGGGGAGGUACGGCCGGCGCGCCGGGGGGCCGCCGCUGCUGCUGUCCCGCCGCCUCCUCCUCCCCCUCUUCUUUCUCCUCCUCCUUCUCACCGGUGGAACUGCCCGGGCGCCGCCGCCCCGGCCCCAGCUCCUGCCCCGAGGCCGGGGGGGCACCUCGCUGCCGCGGCUCCCGGGGGUCUCCUCAAGGGGGGGUCCCCGCUCGGCACGGCACGAGGCAGCGCCUUCCCCCGACGGCCGAAGCCGCCGCCGCCGCCGCUCGGGGCGCUGCGCGGUGCGCGUCGCGCUCCCCCCUGGCAGGGCCCGGCCCCCGGGGCACCGGCACGGCCGGGCGCGCACACACACACACACACACACACACACACACACACACACGGACGGACACGCAGAGAGACGGGGCUGA